AUGCCUGAAAUAACUAUUAACGUCAAAUGUUCUAAUGACCAGAAAUAUAGCGUAACGAUAGAUACUUCUAAGACGGUGCUAGAAUUUAAGCAAGCUAUCGCAGAGAAAUGUGAUACUACCGCGGAUAGACAGAGAUUGAUAUACUCUGGCAGAGUCUUAAAAGACAAUGAUACGCUCGAAACCUACAAGAUCGCGGAAGGUCAUACAGUUCACAUGGUGAAGAGUUCAGCGCCUAGUGGCUCGUCACAGGCACAGGCAUCCCAACAAACACAAUCUGCAACAACAGGUAACACACAGACCCCACAACAACCGACUGGAUUUUCACCUAACGCUAAUCCAUUCGCUCAAUUUGGCGCAAUGGGCGGAUUCAAUCAAGGCACAAAUCCAUACGGUUCUCCAUAUGGUGGUAUGCAGAACCCGUUGGAUUUACUCCAGAACCCUGCGAUAAUGCAAUACAUGCAACAAAUGCUUCAAGAUCCUCAAUUCGUUGAAAGUAUGAUCCACAUGAAUCCCCAAUUCUCAUCAAUGGCGCCUCAGAUUAGACAAAUGAUGCAAGAUCCAGACUUUCAAGCGAUGAUGUCGAAUCCUGAAACUUUCAGGAGUUUAGCUGCUUUACAACCACUCAUGGGAAAUCUUGGGCCAUUCACUGGUGGUGCAAUACCAGCAGGUGCAGCAGGUACUGGAACUAAUCCCUCACAACCUCCUAUUAUGCCUCUAUUCGAUCCAUUAUUGUGGGGUGCACUUGGUGGAAGGUUCCAAUCUCAACUUCAGCAAUUGAAUGAUAUGGGGUUUGUGGAUGCACAAAAAAAUAUUCGAGCAUUACAAAUUUGCCAAGGGAAUGUGAAUUUUGCUAUUGAAAGACUUUUAGAUCCUUCAUUUUAG